AUGCUGAAAACACUACUGAAUUCAACCAUCACCACAGACAUGUCAGUGAAUGAUAACAUUUGGGUGAAACCUACGCUGCGUAGUGUUACACUGAAAUCCAUGCAACCGUGUCUGAUCUUCCUCGAGAACAUUUAUACUUUGAUCAAGUGCUUGAUUUUCUUUCAAAAUACCGCUUUCCGCUCAACAAGUUAUCACAAAAAGGAUUCCUAUCUUGAAUAUUUCCAAAAACAACUAGACGGUGCGAAAUCAUACAAGGCAUGGAGCCAGGCAGCCAUAGCAUUGGAUAAUCUGACUGGUGCCAAUGAAUGGAAAAACUCGCCUGUUUCAAAGGAUUACGACUACAAGCUACUGCAAUCCCGUAUUAAUGAAAUUGAUCGCAUCCGCUCUUCUAGACAGGACCGAAGAGCCAUGACAUUUGCAUUGAGACUAAGUCUAUCCAGAAAUUUGGGUGAUAUGGGCAACAGUGCACUAUACGGGCAUUGCUACAUCGGCACAAAGACAUUGAUUUCGGAUUACAUUGAUCACAUUAUAGAGCAAGUUCAAUGGAUUGGAGAUACCACUACCCCAACGGUAGAUAUGGAUUUCAAACAGAGACACGAUUACUUUAUGAAUCUGAGACACAGCUAUGGCCGAACUGCUCUCUUAUUGAGUGGUGGUGGUACUUUAGGGUACUUUCAUAUCGGUGUGCUAAAGACGCUGGUCAAUGCUCGGCUUCUGCCUCGGAUCCUAUCAGGAGCAUCUACUGGUAGCGUCAUGGCAUCUAUCGUCUGUACACUGAAUGAGCAAGACAGAGUAACCAUGCUGAAUGAUUAUGAUGCUAUUCCAGUGGAUGUGUUUAGUCGACCAGAGGCACCAGACACGCUUCUGCUUCGCUUGAAUCGAUAUCUACUCAACGGCAACCUGUAUGAUCCCGUCAUUCUCAAAGAUGCAUUGAGAAAUCAAUACGGGGAUAUCACGUUUGCAGAAGCAUAUAACCGAUCGCAACUUAUUUUGAACAUAACUGUUAGUUCGACCAGUGUCUACGAAAUGCCUAGAUUGCUGAACCAUAUUACUGCGCCCGAUGUGGUUGUUUGGUCGGCAGUUGGACUAAACAACCCACAUGGGCUUAAUUACAGUAUCUUAUCAUGUGCUGUGCCCCUGGUGUAUCCAGACGGAUAUCUCUACGUAAAAGACAAAGAAGGCGGAUUAAAGCAAUGGACACCUACUGGUAAGCUCACAGCCGAAUACAAUGGCAUUAGCAAUCCGCCUAAAAUUCUCGUUCAACAGAUGAUAAAUACCGUGAUGGCUCAAUCGACAAGUAAGUUCAACACGCUAUUCAAUUCUGAUAUACUUAUUGGCGGAAAUAGUGAUUUGCCAUUGAAAAAGAUCUCUGAAAUGUUCAGCGUCAACCAUUUCAUUGUCGUUCAAAUCAAUCCUCAUGUAGCUCCAUUCUUACACAGAGGAAAGGGAAAACCAAGCUGGUUAAGAGCUAGUAUCAACUUUGUAUUACGCUUGAUCAAAGAAGAACUGCAGCAUAGAUGUUCUCAGUUGAUGGAAAUUGGCGUAUCAUCCAAUGCAGUUUUACGUUUGCAGGGUGUCCUGAAUCAAAGAUACGUAGGAGACAUCACUUUGUCGCCUGACUUGACAUUUACAGACGUUGGAAAGAUUUUGACGAAUCUGACGAGGGAAGAGGCUGUGAGCUUUAUUCAACGAGGAGAAAGGAGAACAUGGGAUAAUCUCUCCAAGAUUCAUCAUAGUCUCAAAAUCGAAUUAGCCAUUGAUGCUGCCAUCUACAAGCUUCGCAAAGUUUUACUGGGCGAAUCACCGCAGAUACCUCAAGAAUUUAUCGUUAAAACACCUUCGUUGCUAGUAUCACCGAGUGUAUCAUUGUCAGCAGUAUCAUCAUCCGAUCAUAAUUCAAAUCAUGGCUACGAAUAUGAUGAGGAGGACGGGGAGGAAGAAAAUGAUAAGGAGGAAAAUGACAGCACUGCUGGCUACAACGACGUCUCUAUUCCACCGACACCACUAUGGCAAAUGGACAAUGUGCCGUUCUUUAUAACGACUGACGAAAAGCAGAAGCCAAGACAAGAGAGCAGAUUAAUGAGACCCUCACUGUUGCCACAUGAUAUCUCUCGUCGUGGCAGUAAUGUCAGUAUCAGAGACAUAUCGCCCUCAACGUCCAUGACACGAUUUGAAAGAAGAAAACAGAUUACCAGUGCCCAGUUCUUUAUUGCCCCUGAAUACGAUUGGGUACCAAAAAGCAAUGGCCCUAAAGGCUCCAAGAAGAAGCUUUGUGUUGUGAUUCCUCAUAAAGAAUGA